GUUUGGCAUGUUUACCUUUGGAAUAACAGCUAAAAUGUCAUCAUAAUGGCACCGGCAAGCUGCGCUCCACGAUCCAGCAACCCGCACGAAUCUACAUCUUGUGGCCUGUCUGUCUUCUUAAUACAUGUACAAAAAAUAUACAUGGUCUGCUCCCUCUCUAGUGUUACGCAAUCUUGCAUGACAUGUAAUUUACAUUUGAAUAGGAUGACUGCUGCACGUUCGAUUAUGGUUCAAUAAUAUCCCCAUAAUAACGAGCAAAUCUUCCAUACAAUCGAAUGAAUGAACGUACAGUUGAGCGAUUUGUUACGGAACUGUCAAGUUAUACCCUGGAUGUUGCUCAGGCAUUGCCGUAUGGAGUAAGAAGUACAUCAUAAAGUCCGGUAGUCAGCUACGCCAGACAAUUCAUCUGCACGUACCAGCUGGAUAUACGAGAUGUGCGGAAUGGGAAAUGCGUUGCCUGUACGUUUAAGCCGCCACGUCAUGUACGACUGUCUUCUGAUGUUCACUUUUCUGCUCGUUUUGAUACAAGUGACGUACAUAAUGACACCCGGUCAUUGUGCAACAGAAAACAGCCGUAAACUCGAAAGCCUAGUGGAUACAUUUGCCGAUGACAAAAGUUAUUCCGUCAACGAAAUCGGGAGACACAACACUGAGCUCAUUACCUUGAAAGUAAAAAGUGACGACGCAACGAAAAUUCGCGGUUCCGGUUUCGAAGAAAACUAUAAUUCCAGACGCAAAAACAGCUUGGGAAAGGAUGAAAAUGGAACCUUAUUGUCCGCAAGGAAAUUUACAAAUAGAAUCGACAAGAACGACCUGGCUUCAAGAAGGCGUAAUGCGUCAAGGCGAAAUGGUGGUGAUGCAAAAGAAGUAAAGUCGGCUACGAUUCAGCCUGGGAAACAUGCAGUAAAGAGAACUCAUGUUAACAACAAAAACGCCGAAAAGUCCGUCUCGAUACCAAAACAAAUCCUAGCUGCUCACGAUGAACUCGAUGGCAGACAUCCCGGACAAAAGAAGCUCCAUAACGAAACCAGAAGUAAUUCAAAAGUUAAAAGUAAAGGCAAGUUUUGGCCUGGCUCGGGCGCUAAAACUCGAAUGACAUUCUCGAACUUUGGGGAUGGAACUACGAACAAGACAAAGAAAAGCCUGGCCCAGUGUCAUCGAAGGAUACUCAUAUACGGCGGAAUAAAAAUAAUUCGUCAAUGGACAGAACUACAGACGUUUGUUGCCGCCCUUCAACUUCAGGACGACGGUGAUUGGUCCACUAAGGUGUCAUGUGACCAGUGCACCGUCCAAUUGAUUCUCAGCAACCGACUGGACAGUCUGAAAGGCAAAGACGCUAUUGUAUUUGGUAUGUCACCCUACUCGCUGAAGGUCAAGAUGUCGACUUUUGGUCACUACGAUUUCGAUCCCAGCCAGUUGCUGGUUUUCUACGGAGCAGAGACGCCAUUGCGAAUGCGUAAGUGGGUCCCGGAUGUUGGCAAUCUGCCAAUUGACGCGGUGUGGUCGUAUGCCCCGACUGCUGACGUGCGCAUUCCAUACGGUUACUAUCAAGCCGGCAAUCCGAUGGAUGCCCGCCGCAGGAACCCGUCUGGCAGGACUCAGGGCAAAGGUAAACUUAUUGCGUGGAUGGGAAGCAAUUGUGUCAAGGAGGUUUUCUGGCCAAGAAUGAACUUCGUUCGUGAACUCCAGACUCAUAUCCCAGUAGAUGUCUAUGGGAAAUGUGGUAACCUGACCUGCCUGCCCAGAUUAUCCCCAAAAUGUCAAAAUCUCAUGAGUCAGUACAAAUUCUACCUCGCUUUAGAGAAUGCCGAGUGUGACGAUUACAUCACCGAAAAGUUUUGGGAAACUACUUUGAUGCACGAGGUCGUUCCCGUCGUGUAUGGAGCGCCAAAGAGACAUUACACCCAAAGGGCUCCACCGAACUCAUUCAUUUACGCCGGUGAUUUCAAGACUGUGAAACAACUCGCUGAUUACUUGAUCAGCCUCGACAAGAGUCCACAAAAGUACUCCAAGUACUUCGAGUGGCGAUACAGUGGCUCUGUCGUUGAGAAUUUCCCCGAUUUGAAGCUCUCACAUUUCUGUGGUAUACUGCCGCACAUAGGUGGUGGCGGUAAUAGUCCUGUGCCUGCGCACUUGCAUCGCAAAAACCUAGCCGAAACAACUUGGUUCAAUUCAUGCCGAAACAUGCGGAAGGGUGACAGAGCUUUCUUACCGACUGAUGUCAAUGCUACGAACUGGGUACCAUGGCGAUAGUUCUCAGUCACUACCAUGUCAGGGACGGAUCUA